AGCAAGUGUUUCCCCGAACAUGGCGGACGGUGCUCAUUCGAAUUUUCAAGGGACACAAUGAAAGUGCACCGAGUUCGCCACGGUGAUGUCCGUGACUAAGGGCGUGUGGUGAUCCUGAGGGUGGCCGACGUGGGUGCCCAGGCGCCGGCGUGAUCGUUACGGCUGCAUGCGUGCCGGCGUGUCGUCGUCCUGACUUCUCGGGAUAGAAUUUUGCCGCGCCGCGAUUGUGUGUCUCGGAGCGACCGACCGUGGCGGGGCCCCCAUGGUUGUAAAUGGCUGACAGGAAUCGGAAAAUGAGGCCCGUACAUCGCGUGUGAUUCCACGGCCAAGACACUGAGAAACAGGGUAGAAAAUGUCAGAGCCAGAAGAAAGUCUGGCAGCGCCCGAUAGUACUACGAGGGAACAAAAGUUAAGUUUCUCUCAUGGGGACGAUGUUCUUCUUCAACAUAAAGAUGGAAAAUAUUACCUUGGAACGGUUGUUGAGGUGGAUUUGGCAAGGGAAAGAUGCCUUGUCAAAUUUAUGGACAAUACCUCCUCCUGGUCUUCAGUCAAGGAGCUGACAAAGUUGUCAAUGCCAGACUCCGAUGUUAUGUGUGUUCUGUGCAAAAAAUCUCAGCCCAAGACUGAUAAUGACAUUAUUGUUUGUGACAAAUGUGGCCGUGGUUAUCAUCAACUUUGUCAUCAGCCUCAAAUAUCGAAAGAAGAAACUGCAGUCGAGGCACAUUGGAUGUGUAAAAGAUGUGUGGACAGCCAACCACGGACACGCGAACUUGUGGAACCAAAAACUUCUAUGGUAAAGGCAAGUAUAAGAAAAGUUUGCAGUGGUAGAGAUCAACCUCAGCCGCCACCAGAUGAUAUGACAAAGUUGCCGUACGACCCUAAUAUGUUAAGUUGGGAUGCACAUCAUAGAGUAAAUGCUGAACAAAUUUAUUGUUAUUGUGGGCUUAACGGAGAAUGGUAUACACAAAUGUUACAAUGUGCCCGUUGUAAACAGUGGUUUCACGAAAAAUGUGUCAGUUGUCUAACUUAUCCUUUAUACAGUGGAGAUAGGUUUUAUGUAUUUGUUUGUUCAAUGUGCAAUUAUGGCAAGGAGUUUGUACGGCGACUAGAAUUAAAAUGGGUAGAUCUGGUGCACCUGAUGUUGUACAAUUUGACUGUUUACAAUGCUAAAAAGUAUUAUGAUUUGGAUACUGUUAUUGUACCUUAUGCCAAUGAUAAUUGGAAUACUUUACAGCUUCCACCACGGAUCAGGGAUGUCAGUGCUCAAAUACGGAGGGAAUCUAUACUAGCAAUACUGACAAAUAAUAGGAACAGGUUCAAAUGUGGCAGAGAAAUAAAGAAGCGUACUACGAUAUGGGGACUUAGAGUUAGAUUACCACCACCAUGCCCAAUCGUUAAUCUUCCAGCAAGUGGUAUAAUAGAUGAUUCUGUAUUGCGUAGAUGCUGGGGUGCUAAUAAAAGACUGCAAUACCUUCCUCCACCUACAGGACCGGUUAGUUUACCAGAGAGUACAAAACAAUUGACUGCACUGAAACAAAGCACAGCUGAGAAUUUAGAAAUUCCUGUCAAUCCAUCAGAUGUGGUAAUGCGUGGAACAAUUUAUCAAAAUUCAGAAGCAGAGCAAAGUUCUUGUCCAAGUCCAAGUCCACCAAGUCAGUUUACACAAUCUUUAAGAGAAAGAUACAGUGGAGGUGGUUUUGUGAAAAAAUCAUUCCCAUUCCCUAAACUGAGUUUACAAAGAAGAAGACGUUUGAUGGCGUUAGGAAGUUCUCGAGAAAGAAUGUUACGCAAACAUAAAAAGAGAGAAAAGGGUGAUGGCUCUUUAAGUAAAGCACAGGGAGUUAGAGAAGCGAGAUACAGGAAAGCAAGAAAGUUAUUGAAAAACGCUAUAGCCAAGAGCAAAUCUCGAAGUUCAGAAGCAUCGGAUUUACCGCCAACGCCUCCUACGUCAGUUUCCGGUCCUCCCACACCUCCAGCUACAACUUCGGGGAUAUCUGAAUUAUCUGUGCCUAGUUCUGUGGAAUUGAUGCAUCCUUUACCACCGUCCACUCCAGCGGAUACAAGUGGGGAUGAAACAAGUUCAAGAGGAACAUUGGAUUCUUUCAUUCCACCACCCAAAGACUUUGAAGGCAAAAAUAAUCCAUUUAGAAAUCUCAGUGACUUAUUGGGUACUCCUGGCAAUCUCAGUCAAACAAAUUCGAGUACUCCAUCACCGUAUAAUCCAUGUCCAAUCACAUUACCUCUACCGCUUACUCCCGUUAUAUCGCAACCGCCGGUAGUGCGGCCAGCUAAAAGGCAGUUAUCAGAGAAAGACAUUAUUAUAGACAGAAACGGGCAAGUAAAACGUAGACGACAACAUCGGAGAGGUCGCCCGUCACAGCAACAAUUGCAACAACAAUUUCAACAUACUGCUAGUAAAACAGCGACCAUUUUACCAGCGCGUAACAACGAGGUUAAAAGUGAAUUUGCAAGGAAUUUAAGAAGUUCGUUUAACGGUGCCUCAAGCAGUGCUAGUAGUCAAAUUGGAAAUUGUGUUGAUUAUGCCUUAAAUGGUAGGAGACUGAGACAACGUCAGAGCAAUGACAAACUGUCGCCUCCAGAUUCACAACAGCAAAAGAAAGGUAGCGUGCCUACAUCUCCGAAGUGUUCACCAGUGAAACAAAGUGCACCUGACAUAUCCUUGGAUGAUCUGAAAUCGUCGGUGAACAUAUAUUUUGGAGCAGCCAACAGAAUCGCAGCAGGUGAAAAGUUCGUCAUCAAAGCGAAGAGGAUAGGCCCAAAUGGUCAGACUCAGUAUCUUAUCGAGUGGGAGGGACUUAAUACUUAACAAUAAGUAAUUUGUUUACGAUUAAAUAUAUUGCGAUCGUAUACAAUUUUUGUUGGCAUCGAGCAAAAGGCAGCAAUUAAGUGCUGAUCCUUUUUUUCCUUUUUCUUUUUGAAAUAACUUUAUGUUUAAAAAAGAAGCAACUAGUGACAAAUUGAUCUGUGUCACAUGCACUGCCAUUCGUUACAUAUAUUAUGUCCGUUUUAUUUGUGUACACUCGAAUAUUAUCGUGAUUAUUGAAGAUUCGAAAAACUGUCUUGGAUAAAAAUUGUUCAACGUGACGGGGACAUUUAGUAUAGUGUUUUCAAUGUUUUUAAAUGGUACUACGUAUUUUCAUUGUUGGUACUAUUCAUUAUUAAUUUAUUGUAUUUUUCAAGACGAAUUCAACGAUGUGAAUAACGUUUACGUUUAAUUAAUAAUGUAUCGACUAUUUUUAUAAACAUUCGUAGGAAGCGUCCGCUUCAGAGUUUCUUCACGUCCGGCGAGUAUCUAAACAAUUGAAUAUUGUCUGAAUAUCGCUAAUUGCAUUGACCUUGAAAUUACUUUCAAUGACAAUAAUGAAUAGUACCAAUAAUGAAAAUAUUGGUAAUAUUACUAUAUAGUACUAUAUACUAUAUAGUACCAAUAUGAAAACAUUGCAAUGAGUUUGACAUCUCUCUAAAUAACAAUAUAAGAAAAAAUCGAAGCACCUUACUAAAUGUCCCCCGUCAUGUCAAAUAACUUUUAUCCGAGACAGUAUUUCGUAUCUUCAAUAAUCACUAAAAUAUUUAAGUGUAUACGAAUAAAACGUACGUACUGUAUGUUUAUGUAAUAAGUACGUAUUAAUUGGUAUACAAUGUAUGACUGUUCUUGGGAAUGUCAAGUUUCUUUCGUUCAUCGACACCUAGAGUCUUAUGAAGACAUGGUUCCAUCAGCAACAAACUUCAUUGCUGGACAAUGAAUUUGUUUCACUGUUUGUUUAGACGAAUGUCACUUCGCUGACUCAUUUUAUUCUGUACAUCAGGAAAGGAAAAGCUUGUUUUUCAUUGAGUUCACAUUACAUUCAAAAUGUACCGUCCAUAAUUACCUUCAACGCAUAAAAAAAGCAUUCAAUUAACGUUUCUACAUCUAUUUUACUACAAAGCAAACCGGAGUAUACGUAUGAGGAAACAUUUACAAGAACAAUCAGAUACAUUGCUUAUGAAUUGUACAUAUUGUAGCAUAGUAGUUUCGCAGAAAAAAUCAAUGAAUGUAAACCAUGUAAAGGGAAAAAGUAAUUUACGCUGGCUUUACAUUCAUUAGAGAUUGGCCAAUCGCUCCUUAUGAAUCGCGGAGCAGACCAUGAUCACGACAAUGGAGAAUGAAGUGAAUUGAAACUGACAGUUGUUCCUCUCACUUGAGCUAACAUACUAGCGAAUGUUAGUAGUUAGUAUUAAAGAAUAAAGAAUGAAAGAAGUAAAAGAGCAAAUGAUCCUGUAAAGGUUAUUUUUCAAUACAAUCGUAGAGAUAGACAUUCGCUUCUGUAAUUUCAUCAUCCUGAACUGUUCGGUUUGUACAAUCAGAGAGUAUACCAUACUGCUUUACAUCAUUGCGAUAUUUGGGCCUCUAAAAAGCCGUCCUAAUAACUUUACGAAGUACGAAAUAUUUUUUCUCCAAAUUUUUACGUUAACGUAAGAACGAUCAAAUAUUUAAACGAGAAACUCUUGCAGACAUAGAGAAGAAAAAUAUAAAAAUUUCGAAAUGGAAAAGAAAUGGGAUUGAUUAAUUUAGCUUCUGAGAGGCUCAUUUAGAAAUAAACAAUCCUAUAAUUAUAAAAUCUCUCAUAGAAAUAGCUGAAAAAUUGUGUUUCUAUCAUAACGGUUCAAGACGAUGAGAAUACAGUUCCAGCAUUGCUCACUAUUAUACAAGACUAAGGGAAAACAGCAUACCUAUUUCAUAUAAAAUUUAAAGAGCCACGAAGCUGAGUACGUAAGUGAUUGGCCAAGUUAUCUGUGCAAGGAUAAGGCGUUGUAAAUUUCUCUAUGCGGCUUUACGAGCAGCGGAAAUGAUGAUUUUGGAAAAGAGACGUAGGAAAUCUUUAUGAAUUGUUCUUGUUAUAUAAAAAAUUGUAGGGCAUGAGAAAUAUUCAUUGGUGUGUGAUAGAAAUUUUCGCGGUACUUCGGACAAUUUAUCCAAUUUCAUGGAAAAAAUUAUUAUUAUCAUUCAAAGAGAUUUAUACGGUACAUUCGAAGUUGCGUUUAAUUCAGAUUAUAAUUAAAACUGCACAGAAUCUGUGGUCAGAGCUUACUGAUCAGUAAACAUUUACAGCGAUCGUGGGAAAAAGUAGCUAUCAAAUUAUACUAGGGUCACGGAUCAAAAGAGCUUAUUAAA